UGCGCUGGACAAGACCUACACUACCGCAGGAUAAAGGUGCCGAGACUGUUUGGAAACCACCCGCGUAGACGUCAUGCGAUACUCGAGCACAUCGUUUUCGGUAAAUCACAUCGUCUUGACCGGACUGACCUGGUUGAACGUUGCGGUUUCACCGGCCAACACGGCGACACCGGCUCCCAAGACCACCGCCUUCAGCUUGUGGUUCCACACGGCUCCUAGAUAUCCGAAAAACCGAGACAUGAAAAUCGAUAAGCUAGACCGACUCAUCGGAUCCGACUACGACGACAUGUGGAUGAGCAAAUCCACCAUGAUAACGGCACAGGAAAAUUCUACUUCGGCCAUAUUCGAUUUCGACAUGUCCGCACCACCCACACCGGAUGCUAUUCAACUGCCCGAACAGCUUCCGGUCCAGUAUCAAGAACUGAUGCGCAAUUGGCUGGUGCGUAGGGGUUCGUGUCCCGUCGAAUAUGUCUGGACGGACUUGGGCAAGUCGUUUUGGCCCAGAUGGAUCAAGAAGGGUCGGUGUGGCCGUUCGGAGACCAUGAGCUGUAGCUGGCCGCCCGGCAUGUCUUGCAUCCCGUCGUCCAUAAGGGUGCUGAACCUGUUAAGAUGGCAUUGCUGGUUGAAAAACAGAAAAAACAAAAAGAGAAAGCAACUGAGAAAAUCAUCGACAACGGUUUCGGCGAUUGAAGAAACAACAGAAAACGGGAAGAAGUCCAAGCUCAAAAAUGCCAAAAAGAAAAUCCGGAAGAAGUACAGAUGUUUGUGGAUAAAAGUUCCUUAUCCGGUUACUGAAGAUUGCACGUGUUCGUGUAGAAAAUUGAACGAUUAAAAUCAUUUUUUUUAUGUAUCUGUAAAAUGUUUGUACAUAAUAUUAUUAAUUAUAUUAUUAAUAAUA